AUGAAAGUGUAUAUCAAGGAUGAACUCGCCGUGUGCUUGAUUGAUGAAUUGCUGACAUUGGAUCCCAGCAAAAGAUUGGAGGCAGAAAAAGCUCUUGACCAUAUGUUCUUUUACACAGCGCCUUAUUCUAGGGACGAUUUCAAAGAUCUGAUGGACACUGUCAAAACUUCACAAUUCGAGUAUACAGCUGGCGGAGGAGCACAUGCUAACCGCGGCAGAGCGGUCGGUGCUGGUCAACGCAUGCCACAUCGACCGCAGGUUACUCAAACGGGCCAGUUUCAUGAUAUGAUUUUCUAG